CGAUUUUUACCGAGUGCAGCCGAAACUGUGCUGUCCGUUACGUUUUGUAUUUUGAAGACUAGGUAAACACGAAGAUAAGAGAAUGGAGGAGACUUCAGCAAGUGUGGUAAACUGGGUGGCGGAAGGCAACCUUGAGGUCCUCCAGAUCUAUAAACUCCUGCAAUAUGUACGGGAGAAGAACAAACCGCAGAUAAAUAAGAUGGUCGACGUGGGUGUAUCCAAUCUGCUAAAUCUGACAGAACCCAAACAGGGACUCGGUGCCUUGUUCCAGGCCUCUCUGGCCCAUGAUGAAGACUUGGCACGGUUCCUUCUGUCACUAGGAGCCCAUCCUGACAUACAGGACAAGAAGGGCCGCACACCACUGAUGCUGGCUGCACAGUUGGGCUACUUCAAUAUUGUGUAUCUUUUGAUCACAAAUCAUGCAAAUGUGAAUCUCACAGAUGAAGAGGGAAAAGGUAAGAACAUCUUUUGGGUUCUGUUCUACUGCAUCUCUCCAGCUAAAGAACAUGCUCUCUGCCUGCAGAUGGCGCUCAGCUGCAAUACAAAUGUCAACAAUGUUUCUAACUCGGGGAAGCCACUGUUUGUGUUUGCCUGUGAGAAUGCAAAGGACUGUGAAGAUCUGUGCGUAAACAUUCUGGAGAAAGGAGCUGAUCCAAAUGCAGUAAAUCAGGUGACACGAUGCUCUGCGCUCAUGGAGGCAUCUAAGGCUGGUGCUGUGAAGCUUGUCAGAGCCAUUUUACAAAAAGGAGGGAAUCCUGACAUGCUUGAUCAGGAAGGACGAUGUGCUACCCACUUUGCCGCAGAAGGAGGUUUCCUUGAGGUUUUACAGGUGCUCUCUGCAUACUCUGCUGACUUGGGUAUCAGCUCGACAAAGGGUAACACACCACUGCACUUCGCUGCUGCUGGCGGCUUUAAUGAGUGCUGUAGAUUCCUGGCCCAAAGAGGAUGUAAUCCUAAACUGAAGAAUCUGGAUGGUCAACUUCCAAGCCAAGUCGCUAAAAGCAAUGGCCACAAAGCUGCCCUGAAGGAGCUCAAGAAAGCAGAGAAAAGGCAUGUGAAGCUAUCUGCGCCCGAUGCCGUAAACCCCAAUGAACUCUGGGCCGUCACCCUUCACGACUGGUCCUGUGAACAUGAGACAGCCUUGCGCAAAGCCUUUGAAACUGCCGAGGGACUCGACAAACCUGUUGAAAACGUUUCUGUGGAGAAUUUUGUGUCUUCGCUUCAAGCGCAUCAAGCUCCUCCUGUAAGUAAUGAGAACCUACAAAGGAUCAUCCUGGAACAUGACAAAAAGCGUGAAAGUGUCGUCAACGUAAAUGACUUUUUCAAAGGCCUCAAGUACCUCCAGAAGGCCUUUGUCAUCUCAUCCUACGCUCCGAAGCAGGCUAAGAAGAAAAAGGGUGGCAAGGAAAAGAAGAGUGGCAAAUCUGCCUCAUCAUUGCCCAUAUGCAUAAUGCCACCUGAGCAGAUCUCGAUAAGAGAGGACAGUGGACUACCUUACUACAUGAUCGAGAACUACCAGCCAUUCACUGACACCAACCGUUUCAACCCAGACCGGCCACCAAUUCACCCCAUUGAGAAUGACUCGGCUUGGUAUAUCGAUGAGUCUGAAAAGACCUAUACCAACAUCCAUUACUGUGUGAAGACUGGAGAUCUAGAAUCUCUCAGCCUGGCGUUUACCCAGCAAGUGCCUGUUGAUGUCAAGGAUCAGUUCUUUAAGACGCCACUUAUGACAGCGUGCAGCUGUGGCAACUACCAAGUAGCUAAAUUCCUCAUUUUACUGAGGGCUAAUGUCAAUGCAGUUGACCAGUUUAACUGGACGCCCCUCCACCAUGCUUGCCAUGCAGGUCAUGUAGACAUUACCAUCAUACUGGUGCAAUCUGGAGCCGUGGUGGAUGCAGUGGCAAUGAAUGGAGCAACUCCACUCAUGAGAGCUAUUGAAAGCUGUAAGAAACCUUAUUAUUAUCAUUAA